AUGCCUACCAAAAUUCAAAUCUUUGCCAGAAGUGCUCUGGUGAAGCCUGUGACAGUCAACGUGGGAAGAGCCGGAGCUGCGAAUCUAGACGUCAUCCAGGAGGUUGAGUACGUCAAACAAGAAGCAAAGAUUGUUUACCUCCUCGAGUGCCUGCAGAAAACCUCUCCACCGGUUCUUAUAUUCUGUGAGAACAAAGCUGAUGUUGAUGAUAUCCACGAGUACUUGUUACUGAAAGGAGUGGAAGCUGUGGCUAUACAUGGAGGAAAAGAUCAGGAGGACAGAGAGUACGCCAUCUCUUCGUUCAAAGCUGGGAAGAAAGACGUCUUGGUCGCGACUGACGUUGCUUCUAAAGGGUUAGAUUUCCCUGAUAUACAACACAUGAUAAACUACGAUAUGCCUGCGGAGAUUGAGAACUAUGUGCAUAGGAUAGGAAGAACAGGCCGGUGUGGGGAAACUGGGAUAUCUACUACGUUUAUAAACAAGAACCAAAGCGAAACCAUGCUGCUUGAUCUGAAACACUUGUUGCAAGAAGCUAAGCAGAGGAUUCCGCCUGUCCUUGCUGAGCUGAAUGAUCCAAUGGAAGAAGCAGAGACCAUCGCUAAUGCAAGUGGUGUCAAGGGUUGUGCCUACUGUGGCGGUCUCGGACAUCGUAUUAGGGACUGUCCAAAACUGGAGCACCAGAAGAGUGUGGCAAUAUCUAAUUCUAGAAAAGACUACUUUGGCUCUGGUGGAUACAGGGGAGAGAUAUAA